AUCAAGCGCAUCGACCGCACUGUGUACCGACUGCCGAUAGAUGUCUACCCUUUCACCAACCGCACGGACGAUGACAUUGAUAUAACGAAGCCCAUCCACUACAUAGACGAGGAUCUGCAUGUACUCAAUACGCAGUUUGGUCACAGAUGGUUCAUCUACCAGAAAGGUAUAGUAUAUGAGUAA